GCCCCUAUCCGUCUUUGCACACCGCAGCAUCAGCAGCCCGCCUCACAUCCCACCCAAACCCAGCCUCCCCACACGCUCCAACCACCAGCACGCAUGGCACCCAAGGCGGCGGAGAAGAAGCCGGUGGUGGCCGCGGAGAAGACCCCGGCGGGGAAGAAGCCCAAGGCGGAGAAGCGGGCGCCGGCGUCCAAGGAGGCCGGCGGCGAGGGCAAGACGAGGGGCAGGAAGAAGGGCAGCAAGGCCAAGAAGGGCGUGGAGACGUACAAGAUUUACAUCUUCAAGGUGCUGAAGCAGGUGCACCCGGACGUAGGCAUCUCCUCCAAGGCCAUGUCCAUCAUGAACUCCUUCAUCAACGACAUCUUCGAGAAGCUCGCCGGGGAGUCGGCCAAGCUGGCGCGGUACAACAAGAAGCCCACCAUCACGUCCCGGGAGAUCCAGACCUCCGUCCGCCUCGUCCUCCCUGGGGAGCUCGCCAAGCACGCCGUCUCCGAGGGCACCAAGGCCGUCACCAAGUUCACUUCAUCCUAGGCGUUGUCGUUGUUUCAUGAGUUGAUGGCGGCAGGCAUCGUGUAUGUAGUUGGCAGCAGUGUGAUGUUACAAUCUCUGUAAGAAUUGUGCUGCUUGCGGCCCUGAAGAAAUAGUGAUGUUGCUGUUUGAAUCAA